AUGUUUUUGGAUUUAGUUAAUCCAAAAGACCUUCUUCAAGCUCAGAUCCGCAUCAGACGAGAGCUACAAUUAUCUUAUUUCGAAAUACAGAAAACCAAUCGCCCCAAUCCUCCAAGACCCAAUCAAAAUAAUCAACCCAUUAGAAGACCAAACUUUCAACCACCUAGAUGCACCUUUUGUGGACGCAUUGGCCACUCAAACAACGAAUGUCACUCUAGACAAAAUUCCCAAAAUAAUUCCCAGAAUUUUAACGAUACUCGAAAUUUCAGUAGCUAUCAAAACUUCAAUAAUGCCCAAAACAAUGGCUUUCAGAGGCAAAACUUCAGCCCAAAUAAUAAUUACCAAAACACUAGACCUAAUGAACAACAAAGAUCUCAAUUCACACCCAAUCAAAAUAAUUCACAAAUACGCCCUUCUGUAAUCCAUAAAAACCCCAAUUAUUCGAACGAUAGACACAGAGCUCACUUCGUUAACUAUGAACCUGACUAUGUUAAUGAUUAUACCUCAGAUCCAAUUGAAAACUAUCACUAUGAUGAUUUUUCCGAUAAUAAUUAUCCACCUCCUGAUUAUUACCCUUCAUUCGAUCAAUCAACCGAUUUAAUUGAUAGCCAAGACUAUCAGGAUUUUCUCACAGUUCCAAAUCAGAACCACCCACCAGAAAAUGUCAUUUCAAUGAAGGAACCUUUGUCUCAAAUACAAAAUCAGAUCCAAACUCUAAAUUUGGACGACAUGAACCCGUCUCUGAAUUUUCCAGAUCAGGAAUUCUGUAGAUCUCAUGCUGUAUACUCCAAAAAUCUUUAUUAUAUAACGGACGCAUCAAACAAAUUUAAAUUACUUAUCGAUACCGGUGCUGAAACUGAAACUAAUUCCCGUAGUAAUGAUUCCCCUAAUCAAAUAAAAAAUCAAAUUAAAAUAGAUCCUAGAUCCGAGCAAAUAUCCAAUUUAACAUGUCAUCUGUCGAAUACAGAUGCAAUUUUGUAUAAAAAAGAAAAUGAUAAAGUCCAUACCCCCAACGCGUUAGUAAAUGUAAAUAACAAAGAAGAAUUUCUGUCACCCAUAGUAAACGGAAAAACAAUUCCCAAAAUUAUCGAUUUUUCCGAUACCGAAAUUAAAUCCUCUUCGAAUCACCCUAUCCUAAAUUUUCUGUCAAACGAUAACUUGGUGAAUUAUUGCACUGAUAAAAGUGACCGAAACAACAAUAUCAAAUCUCGACUUCGAACAGAACAUAUUAACGAGGAAGAACGAGUAACAAAUAUUUGCUCAAAAUAUAAAAACGAAAGAACCAUUCAAUCUGAAAAUUCAGAUGAACAUCCUUUCAAUGUUCUGCCCUAG